UAUCCAAUUUGAAAAAUUAUAUUUGUAUCUUCUCAUGAUACAUUUUUACAGGUUCAGGGAGGGGAUGAAGACCCUUGGUGUUCUUGAUGCAAUAAGAAUGCACCCAGAUGCUUUCAGACCGCUGUUUUGUCACGAGCCAUCCCCACUCACAGCGGAUGUACUAGAACUGUCAGCAGUGGGCAGGAACAAAAGAAGGGCAGAGGAAUGUGUGGUUGCAUUUUGGAGGGACUACCUGCUGGAUGUUGAGGAGCAGGAGGGACCCUUCCAACUUGGGGGUAUCCUGGCCUUUACGACGGGAGCAAAUGAUAUUCCACCCCUGGGCUUCUCCCCACUACCUUCAGUGGUUUUUCUCCAUGAGCUGCCCCUCAGACAAGGCCGUCAUUUACCCACCGCAAACACAUGCAUUAACUGCCUGCGGUUGCCAGUCCUGAAAAAAUUCGAGGAUUUUAAGGAAACUAUGGAUUUUGCAUUAAAAACACUCAGGGAUUUGGUCAGGAAUGACUUCCAAGAAGUCCUUAAUAUACAUUAUUAAAAUCUGUUGCCUGUUGAACUUGACUAAAUUGAAGAGGCAUCGUUGUCAAUAACUCACCAUUUCCUAAUACAUUAUUAAUGUCUUGUUUAAACAAUUAAAAAUGGAAUAAUCAUC